AUGGGAGAUAUUUUAUUAGCAUGUACAGUAGUUUACGCUGAAAAGAUCUUAAUAAAUCUACCCAAAGAUUUAUCAGAAAAGGUAUUAGCUUACAUCGAAAAAAGAUUUGAAGAAGUUCCACUUGCAUCAGUACUUAUAUGGUAG